GCUAUGUUAAUUGACCAAUGCCGCUUCGGCGUUACUGUUGUCAUGGCGACAAGCAAUGCCAGCGUCCUGUCUAAAAGGGCUGUGGAAUUGGUGCUUGCCGGCAUGUAUCUGCCCCCUUAAAAGCAUCGAUGAAGACCUUUGUAAUAAUGUAGAGAAAAGUUUCAAUAAACAAUGAAAAUGGAGAACUUGAAUAUGCCCUGGGAUUAUGGGGCUGAUAUAGCAGAUUCAGUUUUUCAUGAAAGUUUACACAAUAAUCAGUUACCUCUGACGAAUGCCAGGACACUGAAAGAUCUAAUGCCUGCUAGAGAUCUUACUUUGUUGGAUUUAUACGAGCGUGAGAGGCAACUGGCUGCUCGCGAAGCCGCAGCAAUAAGGCUUGAAGAACGAGGUCGUCAACAAGAAAUAGCAGCAAGGGAAGCAGCUCUGUUAGGAAGGGAAACAGCAUUAGCAAUGAAAGAGCGUGAAAUAACUUUUUCAGAAAGAGAGCAAGCCCUGCAUGAAUUUGAAAUUCGUUUAAAAGAUCAAGAAGCACAAUUAAAUAUAGCAAAACAUAAACAAACAGAACUGGAAAAUGAAUUUUACAGAAAGUCUCAACAGGAAAAUAUUUUAGCAAAUACCAGAGAAAGAGAGAUACAUGAAAAAGAAGAUGCAUUACGAAGAAAAGAUCAAGAACUUCAGGCUAAGGAACGUCAUUUGAAAGAGAAAGAAAAUGAAAUUGAAGAAUUUCAAAAAAUGUUGAAAGAAAUGGAAGAAACUUUAAAAGUGAAUCAAGAUAGUCUUGUUAUAAGAGAAAGAGAUGUAGAAAUCAGAGAAAAACAAUUAGAUGAGAGAAAGAGAGAACUGCAAGAUAAUGAAAAGCAAAAUGAAAUCAACAUUGAAACUAUGAGACAAGAAUUUGAGAGCACUAAACUUUCACUGGAAGAAAGAGCCUUAGAGUUGAAGAAAAAGGAAAGCUCUAUAAAAUUACAUGAACAAGAACUAGAUGAGAAACAACUGGAAAUUCAGAGGGAAUUAGAGAAACAAGAUGAAAUAUUGAAAGAUACAGCAAACAUUAUGGCAGAAAAAGAAGAGGAAUUUAAGAAUCUUGAGAGAGAAACAAUGGUGAGAAUAGAAGCUCAAGAGGAAGAGUUAAAGGUUUGGGAAACUGAAUUGCAACAGCAAGAAAUUAAAAUGCAAGAGCACAAACAAAAUUUGGAAAAACACAAAACCGACCUUCUGGAGAGAGAGGAAGUUAUUGAAAUGCACAAACAACAGUUACUGCAGUGGCAAAAACAAUUACAGACAAGAGCUCGUAGUCUUAAUGAGCAAGCAGAAGCACAAGAAGAGCAUUUAAGAGUUAUUCUUGAAAAAGAGAAAAUUUUUGAUGAAUUGAAGACUACUUUGGAACAAAAGGAACAGCAGUAUAAAAUGUUAGUGCAGUGCAAAGAACACGAGUUUGAUGUAAGAGAACAGAAUUUACAAAAAAUUAUCUCAGAAUUACUAAAUUCAGAAACCAAAAAAGGAAAUUUGUUGUAUUCUGAUAUUACUGCUCUUUCAAAAAGAGUUUCACCUGUAUUGUUUGAAAAUUAUGGCCAUUGUGCCCAACCAUCUGAAAUUUUAGAAAAUGUUUCCAAUCACUUGCCUCUAAAGGCUUUGGGAAGAAAGAAACAAGAGAGAGAUGAUUUGAAUGACAACUUCACAAAUUCUGCGAAAUGUAUGAAGUCACAAAUUGAAAGAAAGAGUAUGAAUACACUUCAGAAUAUUCAGCAAAAGGGAAGAUUUCCAGAAUCUACCACAAAACAAUCACCACAACUGUCAAAAAAAACUUACCUUACAACAACACAGAUUGCUCCACAAACUAAGAAUAGUUGUUUUCCUUUGCAAGCUGUACAUGAUUUAACAAAGGAAAAAAAUUCUGUGAAAGAAGAUUCCUGUUCAUUGCGUUUUGAAGUCCCAGAAUUUUCUAGAAAUAAUGAUUUUACAUUAUCUAAAGAACAGAUACAACUUCUUGAACAAAUAAAAAAUAAUAGUUUCAAAAAAGAAGAUAAUAUUUCAGUGCCUCAGUCCUCAAUGACAUUUUGCAAUCUCCAAAAGGAAAAUCCAAAAAAUUUAAAUAUUAUGGAAAACUUAAAAGAUGGUCAAAGAACAAAAUCCGUUCAAUUUAAGAAUCAUUUUCUUAGUAAAAAUAUUCAAAAGAAAUUGAGCAAUACAUCACACAUCAAGCACAACGUUUAUGAUAAUGAAUUUUCUGGAAAGUACUCAUCCAAAGCAUCUUAUGACAAUGAAAUGGUUCCUUCCCCUUCUCAGAUACAAACCAAAUCAAGAAGUACAAGUUGUGAAGAUUUACAAGAAGCUCUUGAUAUCGACUUGAAUGAACAAAACACUUUGCAUGGUGCAACUAAAGGCUUUCGCUUAGAAAUAGUUCAUUCUCUUGUAGAGCAACAUGGUGCUAACAUAGAUGGGAGAGAUCCAGAUGGUCGUACGGCCCUGCACUGGGCAGCCGAGUUAGGUCAUCUUGCUUUAGUUCAGUACUUGGGUGGUGACAUGGGAGCUUCAGUGGACGCACAAUGCAAUUCAGGAUAUACAGCAUUACAUCUGGCUGCAUUAGAAGGACGCCUUGAUGUUGUGCAGUAUCUAAUUGAAACACUGGGUGCAGAUACAGAAGCAAGAGAUACUAAUGGUGAAACAGCAUUACAUCUUGCUGCAGGAGCAGGUUGGCUGGAAGUUGUCAAGUAUAUUUCAAGUGUCAAAGCAUUCCAAGCAACUAAAACUUCUCCUUCAUUAAAUGUGCCAAAGAUAGAAAUAGAAGAAUGUUUAUAGAAAUGUCUGUUGGAAAAAAUCAAAAUGACUUUUCUACAACUUAAAUUAUUUUCACAAAUAUAAAAUAGUACUAGUAAUUUUUACAGUUAUUUGAAAGGAAUGUAGAAGUUUAAUGAAGGGCUAAAGAAAAAACACUAAUUAUACAAGAACAUUUUUUAAUUUUCAAUUUACAUUAAUCUUUACUGUUUACAGUUCUCUCUUCAUAAAUUAUAAAAAGUAUGUGCACAGAAUCAAUGCCUCAAUAUGUAUGGUAUUUAAUAUCAGGUUGAUUGACAAAAUGAAUUAAUGAAUGGCUUGAUGAAUACAUGAGUGAAUGAUUAAACAAACACAAGUAACAUGAAUAAUGGCUGGGCAUCUAAAUUGGACCAAUAAAAUUACUAAUUCACAUGAAUAAUAAAAGAGACAAACUUCAUUAUAAAAUUAUUUUUCAUAUUAGGUAAAAUAAGGAACUUCCCAUCCUCGGAUUUGCAGCAUAUCUGCUAAAAGCCGCCAAUGCUAGUGAGCAUGGCAUUCAAGAUCAAAAAAGAAUUUCCAAUGUUCUCUCUGUCAUUUAGUUCUUAACCACACAUAAAAUAAAAUUUUCAGGGAAGUUAUGUCUGCAUGUGAUAUACGAGUGUAAUUUACACAUGUUUAAAUACACUUAAGGUGAUACAGAGGAAACAUUUAGUUUUGUGUGCUCACUAGCGAAACAUGAAUUCACAUAUAUUAAGAGGUUCAUGGCACUUAAGACCAUUGGAACAAUUCAUGUUGACAACAUUUAUAGCAGAUGCAUACAGUUUCCACAUAACAGAUAAGCUCUACGAAAAAAAAUUAUCUUACUUAAGAUGUAUUACUUGCUGCCCAAUCUAAAAUUAUACAUACCUGUUCUAUGUGCAUGUAUGCACAGUGACAUCACACACUUGCAUGAAAUAAGUAGACAACAAAACAACACCAAAUGAUGGUGAACGUUUCCAGAUGUGUUGAUUAGUAACAUUGAUUUCAGCAUCCACUUUGGUACACUUACAAUGAACAUGAACAACACAUGAUUUAAAUGGAUUUAAAUUACAUACAUACUACACACAAUGUCUUAGACAGAUGUUUCAGCUGCAUUCACACCAUUCACUUUUCUUUUCUCACUUGAACAUUCAAUAGUUUGGCUAGAGUCAAUCUGCAAAGAAAAUAAAUUAUUAUAGGACUUUCAAGAGUACUUUCAAAAUAGUACAAUUUAACUGUAUGAAAUGUUACUGACGUGUAUACACACUACAUAACAAUCACUACCAAUCGAAUUUUGAGGUUUACAACAUUAUUACAUCAUGCAUUUUUUACACACAAUAGGAAGUAAGGAUUUUGAAGUAAUUUAACUCGGUAAUGACUAGAGACUAUUUCCCUUUUCAUUCCUUCUCCAUACUCCAUACAGGAGCUUGUUUCAUUAAUCCUAGUUAAACAUUGGAUGAGAGAGAAAGAAAGGAAGAAAAGAAAAAAGAGACAUCUUUUGAAGAAUGAAAUCUUUAGAAGAGAAAAUGCAAGUUUUGCAUUUUUUCUUUUCAUGCUGUG